AUGGCUAUCGAGGCUUUUAUCCGCUUCGCGGACUCGGACGGGACGGAGAACUAUGGUGAGGUCUCUCAGCAGCAACUGGCAUGUGAUCUUCGAGGUGUCAGCGUGCCAAUCUUGGAAGGAACUCCCUGGACAGGCUUCAAGAGACUCGAUCAGCAGAAAACUGUCUGUCAGGUACUUUGUCCGCUUGAAAAGACGCCACUCAUUAUCUGUAUUGGCCUGAACUACAAACAGCACGCGGAGGAGUCUAAGCAUGAGAUUUCGGAAUACCCUGUCGUUUUUACUAAACCACCGGAUGCUCUUGCCGGUCCAUUCGAUGUAAUCAAAGUUCACCCUGACGCCCAGAGCUAUCUCGACUACGAAGCAGAAUUGACGGUCAUCGUAGGCCGCGACGCCAAAAAUGUACAGGCCUCCAAAGCACUUUCAUAUGUCCUUGGCUACACAAACGGCAAUGAUGUGAGCGCUAGGAAUUUCCAAGCCCCCAACGCAAGUGGUGGGCAGUUUUGCUAUGCAAAAUCAUUUGAUUCAUUUGCUCCUAUUGGGCCGGCUGUUGUGUUGGCGAGCAAGAUCACCGAUCCCCAGAAUCUGCGGCUCUACAGUAAGGUCAAUGGAGGCAUUCGACAGGAGACAAAUACAAAUGAUAUGAUUUGGACAGUGAGCCAGCUUAUAGAGCACUUGAGUCGCGGAACCACAUUGCGAGCAGGUACUGUCAUCAUGACCGGCACCCCAAGUGGUGUUGGAAUCUUCAUGGAACCUAGAGGAAUGGUGGGGCAUGGAGAUGUGGUGCAUGUCGGCAUGGACGGUCUAGGAGAGCUUGCUAAUGAAUUCGAUUUCGAGAAGUGA